AUGUCUGAUCAACCUGCUGCUGCUCCUACAGCUGAACCGGUUUCUGCUCCCGCGCCUGCUGCUGCUCCUGCUGCGGAGAAGGCCCCCGAGAGCCAGCCCGAACAGAAGCCUGAAGAACCAGCUGCCAGCACUGAGCAAAAGACUGAGCAGUCCAGCAACGAUACCCCUGCCACCGAAAACAAGGACACCACCACCAUGGAGACUCCCGCGGCGGAGGAAUCCAAGCCCGCAGAGACCCCUGCCAACGACAACAAAGAGAACGACGGCAAAGAGGCCCAGGCCGAGAAGCCCGCCUACUUGAAGAACAACGCUGCUCUGUCGCAGUUCUUCGACCGUCUCCCUGAGAUCCUCAAAAAUGCUGAGUACAGCGAGAUGUGGGGUGUUACCCUCCAGGAGGACUCGGCGCAUGUCCCCACGAUCAACAUCUUGAUCAAGUACCUGCGUGCCAACGAGGGGAAUGUCAAGUUGGCGGAGGAGCAGUUGGUCAAGGCGCUCAAGUGGCGUAAGACUAUGGAUUCUGUUGCAUUGGCGGAGAGUGGUGUUUAUGAUGCGGGCAAGUUUGCGGGUUUGGGGUACUUGACUAAUUACACGGGUGCGGAUGGGAAGGAGACGGUUGUUACUUGGAAUAUCUAUGGUGCGGUGAAGGAUCUGGGUCACGCUUUUGGUGAUUUGGAUGAGUUCAUCAAGUGGCGUGUCGCUCUUAUGGAGCUGGCCGUUAAGGACCUCAAGCUGGCCGAGGCGACCACUGUCAUCGACUACGAUGGCGAAGACCCGUACCAGAUGAUCCAGGUCCACGAUUACCUGAACGUCAGCUUCUUGCGCAUGAACCCCAAGGUGAAGGCCGCCACCAAAAAGACCAUCGACGUUUUCACCACUGGUUACCCGGAACUGCUUCGCGAGAAAUUCUUCGUCAACGUUCCUGCUAUCAUGGGUUGGAUGUUUACUGCCAUGAAGGUCUUCUUGAGCAAGAACACCACCCGCAAGUUCCACCCCAUCACCAACGGCGCGAACCUGGCUCGCGAGUUCCCGGGACUCGUUGACCAGUUCCCUGCUGCGUAUGGUGGUAAGAGUUCUGACUUACAGGGCACUGCCCGGACUGUAAACCUUACCUCUGAAGCUCCCAAGGAGGCCCCUAAGGAAGAACCCAAGGAUGCCCCGAAGGAGGCUGGAGAAGCUCCCAAGGAGCAGCCCCAGGAGGAAUCCAAGGAAUCUACCAAGACCGAGACGACUGAAACACCUGCUACCACCGCUGCCUAG